GGUACUAAGACCCAGCACAGGGAGAGCGACCCUGAGACUGAGCCAUAAGAGUCAAAAGAUUGUAUGUCUUUGGGAAGGGUGACGCUACGGGCAGUGUAUCAGCUUGCGCUGUCACAGCUUGCUGGAAAGGGCGGCUGGCAAAAUCAACCAGCUAGCCUACCAUAGGCAAAUUGACAGUAGAAACGGACUGGCCUUCUUCUUCAGAGAUUGGGGUCACAUUGCGCUGAACCGGGGCAUAACUUUACUGUUUUAGCUUGGAAUUCGGGAAAAGCAGAACUAUCCUAGUUGGCAUCACCAAGGACAUGGGGACACCAGGGUCAGGACGAAAACGAGCUCCAAUAAAGGACCGGUUUUCAGCUGAGGAUGAAGCCCUAAACAGCAUCGCCAGAGAAGCAGAGGCCAGACUUGCUGCAAAGCGAGCAGCCCGAGCGGAGGCCAGAGAUAUCCGCAUGAGAGAACUGGAGCGACAGCAGAAAGAGCUGGAUGAAAAAUGUGACAAACAGUACUCAGACUUCAGCCGGCCAUCCUCUCGAUGUGGCACACCUAGCCUGUCUGCUACCACCCUGGCAUCUCUGGGGGGAAGUUCCUCCAGAAGAGGAAGUGGGGAUACAGGUAGCAUUGUCAUCGACCCUGAUGCUUCUCUCAGUGAACUAAGGGACAUCUAUGAUCUAAAGGACCAGAUUCAGGAUGUAGAGGGCCGAUACAUGCAGGGGCUUAAAGAGCUGAAGGAAUCGCUCUCAGAGGUGGAGGAGAAGUAUAAGAAAGCCAUGGUAUCCAAUGCUCAGCUGGACAAUGACAAAGCCAACCUAAUAUACCAGGUGGAUACACUCAAAGAUGUGAUAGAGGAAAUGGAGGAGGAAAUGGCAGAGUUACGGCGAGAAACUGAGGAGAAGAGUAAGGAACUGGAGAGGCAAAAACAUACAUGCGGCGUCCUAAUGCACAAGCAGGAGGAACUGAAGGAGGGCAUUCGUCAGAGAGAUGAACUUAUUGAGGAGAACCAGAAAAUGCAGAACAAGUUAGAUACCCUCACAAGAGAGGUGUUUGACCUGCAGGAAACAAUUAACUGGAAGGACAAAAAGAUUGGGGCCUUAGAGAGGCAGAAAGAGUACUUUGAUUGCAUAAGGAAUGAAAGAGAUGAGCUCAGAGAUGAGCUGGCUGAACUGAAGGGGAAAUCUAAAGAGAAGUACGGACUUGUCAUUAUCCCAGAGGGCACACCCAAUGGAGAUGUCAGCCAUGAGUCCCUUACUUCAGAACUCACUGUGGUUACACAGGAGGCUGCUCAGGUGCUUGAAUCAGCUGGAGAAGGACCACUGGAUGUUCGGCUACGAAAGCUUGCUGAGGAAAAAGAUGAACUCCUCAACCAGAUCAGGAAGUUGAAGAUGCAGCUGGAGGAGGAGAAGCAGAAACACUCAAAGAUGGAAAGUGUGUACACGGAUGGAGAGCGAGUGGAAAACGGCACAGACCUCCAUUUCAUUGAGAUGCAAAGAGAUGCUAACAGACAAAUAAGUGAAUACAAGUUCAAGCUCUCAAAAGCAGAACAGGAAAUGGGUACAAUGGAACAGAAUAUAAACAGACUUGAAGGACAGGUGUCCAGGUAUAAAGCAGCAGCGGAUAACUCAGAGAAAAUAGAAGAUGAACUGAAAGCUGAAAAGCGAAAACUGCAAAGAGAGCUGCGCACAGCGCUGGACAAAAUUGAGGAGAUGGAGAUGACCAAUAACCACUUAGUGAAACGGCUUGAGAAAAUGAAAGCCAAUCGGAAUGCCCUCCUUUCCCAGCAGUGAGAAGAUGCUCCACCCACACAGCGCCUCACUCAAGACCUUUAACUCUCCUCUCCGACAGCCUCUGCCAAAAACUCUGCUACUAUUUACUGACGUUUUAUUUUUGUAGUAAACCAAAAAUUGUACAGGCAUACCUUCUUAUUUCCUUAACAGAAAGGUAACUUGUUUACACCUUAAUUUGUUUUUUCACUCUUUAGAAGGGAGCUGUGGAAACACAUUGUGUAGAGGUUUUUUUUGUUGUUGUUUGUUUGGGUUUUUUUGUAUGUUAGGUUUGCCCUUCUCCUUUUGAUAACCUGCAUGAAUAUGCUUAGAGGAGCUUUCUAAAACUUAAAUUUCACACGACUUUUACCGUCUUCAGCCGUUCAGAAACACUUAAACAAUGAUGUGCCUUCUUCACAGGAGAUGGAUGGUUCAUAUUAUGACACUAUAUGGGAAAUAAAACUGUUGUUUGUAAUGCGGUACAAAAAAUGUAUUUUAAUAUAGGGAAACGUUCAUGAUUUGAGAAUAUAUAAAAGCAAUUGUGUCUGCUUCAUUUUCAAUGAUUGUUUCUUUUUCAAGAGUAAUAUUUAAACUGUUUCUAGGGAAUAAAUAUGCAAAUGAAAAAGAACUUUAUAGAUGUGGUGGAUGGGUUUGUUUACUUGCAUUUUAAGGCAAUUUAAGAUCUUGGAUGAACAUUAAAUGGAAUGAACUGCAAGACUGAAACACUGAUUUAUUUGCAGGAAAUAUCUGCAGUGCAGUACAACCUUUUAUUGUCCAUUUUUACGAAAGAAAUUUGUCUUCUGCUUCACCUCUGAUGUUUGAGAGGAAAACUAAUAAGAAUGAUUCAAGCUUUCUCUUCAAUGUUAUGUUGCUCAUCAGGAUGUCCUCUGUAUUAUACGCAGAGCUUUUCAUGCCUAAAGCAGCUCUCAGGUUCAAUGUGUUUGUGAGUUCUGGAGAUUUCCCCAUCAAAUCCUUAUAUCAGUAUCUCUUUUCAGUUUGUCAGUGCUCACAAACAAUAAGAUUUCAGCUUCAGGGACAUGAGAUGACUGUGUGUGGAGUAACCAUGAGAGUCCACGAUAAAUAAAGUGAACCAUUUGUA